UGCGUAUGCAUGUAUGCGACCGACGGGCUGAUUUCAUAACGUGGGGAGGAAGAGAGGAAUGGGGCUUUGAGAACGGAUGAGCACCAGACCCGGUAGGUAGGCUCUAUGCACCAUCAGUGUUAUCUCUAUUCCCGGGCCAUGCAGGCGGUGCACUAGAGGAGAUGCGGUAGAGGAGGCUGCUGAUGCUGCUGUCCGAUCAGCUGUUAUUUUUGUCUUGAGCAUCAUCGCCGUGACGGCCAGAGAGAUCGAGACCAAGCUCCGGAGCCAGCAGGGACACCGCAGAGCGGAGAACAGAGGAUGGAGUUCAAGCAUCUGGUGGAGGCGGCGGAGAAGUGGUGCUCCGGUAACCCGUUCGACCUCAUAUUCGCCGAGGAGGACGACGAGAGGCGGCUGGACUUUUACGCAGAGCCCGGCGUCUCCUUCUACGUGCUGUGUCCCAGCGGCACCGACACUUUCCACGUGUGGAGUGAGAGUGAGGACUGCCUUCCCUUCCUUCAGUUGGCCCAGGACUACAUAUCUUCCUGCGGGAAGAAGACUCUGCUAGAGGUGCUGGAGAAGGUCUUCACAUCCUUCAGGCCUCUGCUGGGUCUGCCAGACAUAGAAGACGACAGUUUUGAGCAUUACCACGCUGACAUGGAGGGGGAACCAGGGCCCGACCACCAGCAGAUGGGGGUCAGCCAGCAGUGAUGAGCCCCAAGAUGAGGCCUGCAGCUGGGGCAGAGCUGCUGAGAAGCUCUGGGCCUCAACUCAUCAGCCCAAACACUUAACAACACACUCUUAUCUAAACACACACACACACACACACACACACACAUACUUACGGCCAACUUGCUAAAAAUGCACCACCAUGUUUUUGAAUGUCUCAGUGGCUUUGCUUUCCAAAGAGUGCACUCUGUUGCACUGUGAUGAUCCCCCCAACCAAACACACACACACACACACACACACACACACACACACACACACACACACACACACACACACACACACACACACACAUUGGGGCUACGUGAGUAGUAGCCACGUACAAUGCAAGUAUCAUAAUCAUUCACCAUCCGGUUAGUUAAAGUUCCACAGCACAGCAAUAUUACAUCAGCCUCAGCUGGCUUUGUUAUGCAGAAAUACAGUCAGAUGUUACUGCAAUACACACAUUUCCCCCGUGGCUUUGGAGAUGAAUGUGACAGAUAACCUACUUUCUCUGCCUGUAUGUUGACACAGAGGACAAACAAGAGCUAGUUGAAAGAGGAAUGGGUAAAAACUGACGGUUUGUGGCUUUGUGAGGCAGCUGGAGUGACGCAGAUAAAGAGAGGAAAAGCGGUAAAGUUUUCCACUGCAUGGAGGGAAACAAGGAGGGAACUGAGGGAUGUAUAUCUGUGAUAUAGAUUUAGAUAGGGCAGCUCUCAAACUAUCCAGUUUUGCACACACGGUUACAAUAGUCGUAUAGGUUACAGACAAAAGCAUUUUGCACCUCAUGUGGAAAUCACAGUGUGCAGCUUUACAGUAGCAUGGAUCAUUUCUUGAGGUGUGUCUCUUAAUGUUUCUAAGGCAGUACACCUCAAAGAGUUUAAAGUCACUUAAUGAGGACGUUUUUAAUCAAUGUUACUAUUACAUGACCAUCACAACAAAGGCCCAUGUUGCAGCUUAAGCCAUUCCUGGCUUGGGUAUUGCAUUGUCACACGACACCCUUUAGUUCUCCUGUCCUGUAGUCUUCCUGGUUCACGGUUUGCCCUCCUUUCUCAGCUAAAUCUGACGAGAGACCUUUCUAAAUCUAGCCAAAACCUCUUUUGCGUGUGUUGUUUGAACUUAUCGGCUCCUUUCGAGGUUUUUCUUAACCAUAAUUUAGUGCACACUCAAAUCCCUGAGUGAUAUCACAGGGGAGAGAGAAUAUUUGUUGACAGCCACCCUUCGCCUGCCCUGUUAUCUCUAAUCUCACAUUGUGUUGUUGUAUGUCACAUCCAGUGCACUGCAAUGCUUCAGGCCUCCGCCGCCUUCAACCACUCGAUCCACAUGCAAGACUGUUUCAGUGGUUCAUCCUUAGCCUGUUUACUUUGGCUUGUAAAUGUUUGUCAUUUUAUUGCCUACAGUAUUUGAAUGUUUCUCAUGCAGUGUAUCUUCUGUUUGUCCUCCAAUGUGUGUGAAAUUGUUCAAUAAACCGUGUGAACAGAG